AUGCACCUCCUCACAUACAUCACCCCCCUCCUCUCCCUCUUCCCUCUCAUCAACGCACUGCCCGGUGCUACCAGCUGCACAACCGUCACCCCAGACAUCGCCCGCGUCUCUCAAGCCCAGCCAGUAGCCUCCUACCUCCCCGGCUUCCGCAUCUCCCAGCAAGCCGGCGGCACCAACAAAGAAGACAUGUUCGUCGAAUUCAACGUCACCGCCGGCAGCUGGGGCUGCUCGCUCUCCUACUCCUUCCCCGCCGGCACCCCCAUCACAACAUCCGGAGCCGCCGCGCCCGUUGAGAUCUUCGCGGUGAACGGCCCGUUGAGCCGGUCUCCUCGCGGCAUCGACGUGUCCUGGGCGUAUUGUCCGGCAACCGGUGCGUUGGUCGGGAGCACGACCUUUGAAUCGGAUCCGAACCAGGCCACGACGAGGUUCGUUAAUAGUUUCUCGUGCUCGAGUAAGAUGACGUACCGGUUGAGUAUUGCGGGGUGGUAUAAGCAGGUGACUAGUGUGGAGUUUGCGCAGGGUCCUGGGGUUGGGUUGAGGAUGAGUUAUAAUUGUUAG